CGACGAACGUACAUCAUACGAUUUUACGCGUAUAUCUAUAUAUAUAUGUAUAUAUAUAUAUACAUAUAAAGAGAAAGAGAGAAAGAUAGAGAAAAGGAUAUAUAUAUAUAUAUAUAAAGAGAGAUAUAGAUAAUAUAAAUAUAACUAAUUUCCUCUGCUCUCUUUACAAAUUGAUUUUUAUUUGUUUACAUUUUUUCUCGUUUUCUUAUUCCUUUCUUUUUUUCUCACUUUUUUUCCUUUAUUACAUAACUUUCGUUCAUCGCGUUGCUCGAUCAUGAUCGAGCAACGCGACAUUUCUUGAACGUCCUCAAACAAAAAGAAUCAGAGGAAGAGAGAAAGAGAAAGAGAAAAAGAAAGAGAGAGAAAGAGAGAAGACAGUGCGUGCGAUCAAAGAGACGCGUGCCAAAUUAGAAACGCUCGCUUAUUCAUCGGACAACCCCAGAUUUUUCCAAAAUGGAGGACCAUCCAGCUGGCAUUUCUCCUUCCUCAAGAACAGUUACCUAAGGAUGACACGAUGAGAGGAAAACCAUACGAUUAUUCUAAGCAGAAAUACAGUAACACGAUACGUGGAAAAAGGUCGGGAGGGGUCACAACCGUUGGUGCGGCGAGGUCAGGUCGCGGUACUCUACAGAGGACACUCGUCCUUGUAUUUCUGGCGACGUUUCUCUGGCUGCAGAUUCAUGUGAUCAAUUUAACCGGCAGGGACACGUCUGGACAGUCUUCGGCUAACGAGACGCUCUUUGCGCUGGUCCCUCAGGAACUCCACAGGUUUCUGAAAGAGCGGCAUAAUGCGUCUUCGACAUCGGGCAAUGCAACUUCUGGCACUCUAACGGAUCUCGAAAUCGAGGAUAUACGUCGUAACAUCGAUCGUAUAAAUUCCGAGCAAAAGGUUUACAACGAGGAAGCGUUUGGUCCACUUGCCGGUGAUGCGCCUAUCAUCGUCGUACAGGUUCACGUUAGGCUGACCUACUUGAGACACCUGAUCGUCUCUCUGGCACAAGCAAGGGGCAUCGAACAGGCACUUCUUGUUUUUAGCCAUGACGUUUGGAACCCGGACAUCAAUUAUUUGGUCCAAAGCGUCGACUUUUGUCGUGUCAUGCAAAUAUUUUAUCCCCAUAGCAUACAAACCCAUCCAAGAACAUUUCCAGGGGAGGAUCCGAACGAUUGUCCGAGAAACAUUCACAAGGAACAAGCCUUGUAUUUGAAAUGUAUCAACGCUAAACAUCCGGAUCUCUAUGGUCAUUAUCGCGAAGCAAAGUUUACACAAACUAAACAUCAUUGGUGGUGGAAGGCCAACAGGGUCUUCGAUCAAUUAACAAUAACAAAGAAUCACACUGGUAUGGUACUAUUCCUCGAAGAGGAUCAUUACGUAGCCGAGGACUUUCUUCACGUAUUGAGACUCAUGGAACGUACCUGCAAGCACAGCUGCGAACGUUGCAACGUCCUAUCAUUGGGUACAUAUCUCAAGACCUACAACUAUUUCGCUGACUUCAGUCGUAAAUUCCUUGGCGUAAACGGCGCUUUACAAAAGGAACUUCUACGUGGAUUAAAGAAGCACGAGUCACCAGGCCCCCAGUAUGCUCUGAUCAGCAGCAGCAGCAGCAGCAGCAGCAGCAGCAGCAGUAGCAGCAGCAGCAGUAGCAGUAGCAGCAGUAGUAGCAGUAGCAGCAGCAGCAGCAGUAGUAGCAGUAUCAGCAGCAACAGUAACAACGUUGCUGGUGUCAACGUCGUUGGAACCGAAAAUGUUGCUGGAUUAUCGACCUAUCAAAGCUCACAGACGGCACCUUCUUGGGCAUUCCAGCUCCUACCAAGUCUCUACACUCAUUAUCAGAAGGCCGAGGUAAUACCCUGGAUAUCGAGUAAACACAAUAUGGGUAUGGCGUUCAAUCGUAUAACUUGGAACAAACUGAGGAAGUGUGCCGUACAAUUUUGCUCAUACGACGAUUACAAUUGGGAUUGGAGUCUACAGCACAUAGCACAGACAUGUUUGCCGCCUAGCAGAGGAGCCGGUGCAGCACCUCGCAUUGAUUCCGGCCUUAUUACCAUGAUGAUGAGAGCACCAAGAGUAUUUCACAUCGGCGAAUGCGGUGUACACCACAAGAAGAAUAAUUGCGAGUCUACUGCUGUAAUAGCGAAAGUUCAAAAUGUUUUGAGAGCCGCUAGAGACCAUCUCUUCCCGUCGCAAUUGACCUUAACGGUUGCUGGUAUGGCCAAGAAGACUAAAUUGAGAAAAGGUAAUGGCGGAUGGGGAGACGUUAGGGAUCAUCAGCUCUGUUGGAACAUAACGAUGUAUCCGGAUCUUGUUCUGCCUUAAAACAAAAAAGAAAAAGAAAACAAACAAACAAACAAACAAACAAACAAACAAAGAAGAAAAGGAAGAGGAAAGGGAAAGAAAAAAGAAAUUCAUCGAGAGAAGAAAGAUAGAAAAAAAAAAAAAAAGAAAAAAAGAAAAAACGGAAUAUCGCAAAGAGAAUGAAUGUUCACUAUCACAAAAGACAACGUUAAUACUUAAAUGGAACAAGUUUUUAUGCCAUUGUACUUACUUAUUCUUAGCGUUUUCCAAUAUUUUCAUCAACACGAAUAUCGUUUUUCCAUUCCUCCCCCUCCUCCGAAUUGUAAUAAGAUCGAUUGAUUUAACGUGUUGACUCUCUAUCGGUACGAACUCGAUUCGUUCGUUAUCGAGCUUUUAUUAUGUGUCUUUCAAAUCGUGAUCUCUGGAAUGAGAUAUGUCAAUCCGACAUACGUGAUCAGUGUAUAUCUGCAAACGAGAAUAAUUAAUUUAUAUAUAUAUAUAUAUAUAUAUAUAUAUAUAUAUAUUUUGUGCAGAAGAGAACUAAGUAAAUGCUCUCUUUCAUUCGCACAUGGAUAUUACAAGCGCGUGUUUAUUACUCACAUGAGAUUAAUCCUAUUAUGUUUAGAACUUGUUGAGUGUUAAUAAAUCCUUCCUCUAAUUUGAGAUACACCAUGUUGUUGAAUAUAUAUAUAUAUAUAUAUACACACACAUAUAUAUAUAUGUGUGUGUGUGUAUAUAUCACUGUGAGAGAAUUGUGAAUGAAAAAAAAAGGGAGAAAAAAAGAAAAGGAAAAAAGAAAAAUGAGAUAAAAACGCGCAUAAUGGUCCAAAGAUAAACUAACCAUCCACUCGAUUCUUUCCAUUUUUCGUGUUUGUAUUCUUUUUCUUCUUUUCUCUUCUCUUUUAUUUAUUUAUUUAUUUUUUUUUUUUUUUUUUUAUUUUCUUUAUAUCAAUCACGACACACUUGUUAUAAUAGUUAUGUAAAAAAGAAGAAAAAAAAAAAAAUUCAUAGCGGAUUUAUAAAUGAUUAAUCAUUGUUUGACAUUUAUCAACACCAUGUACGUUCCUAUUUUUGAUCGAUUAUACUUUUAAUACGCGUGUGAAAUUUAUAAAGAAAACUUGUGUGUAUAUGUAUUCACGUGAAUAUUAUUUCCCCAGGUACGAAGAAAGUGUAUAUGUAUUUGUAAUAAGUUGUGAUCGUCAUACAACGAGAGAAAAAAGAGAGAAAAAGAUAGAUAGAUAGAGAGAGAGAGAGAGAGAGAGAGAGAGAGAAAGACGUUCGAUUUUUUCCUUUUGGAGUUAAAACACUGGCCGAAGUUUGUUCCGAAAUGCGCACAUCAUACUCUAGUCAUAAGGUUUGGGCAAUAUUUAAUUCAAUUAACGAUUAACGAUAUAAGAUGUUAUUUUUCUUUUUUUUUUUUUUUUUUUUUUUUUUAUCGCUGUUACUUCAUAUACAACAAAAUUAAAUUAAAUUAAAUUAUUUGGAUCAUUAGUUGGAUUAAAUGAUUGAUCAUUAAAGUAUUCGUUAUUGAAUAAAAUCUUGACGUUUCUUUAUAUAUACAUA